AUGAAUAUUUCCAUAGAAAGAAAAAGAACGGACUGUUCAGCUUUGCCAAAAGGAUGGCAAAGAGAAGAGGUAGUGCGAAAAUCAGGUCUCUCUGCGGGAAAAGUUGACGUUUAUUAUUACAGCCCUACAGGUAAAAAGUUUCGCAGUAAACCAGAACUAGUUCGUUAUCUGGGUGAUAGUAUGGACCUGUCAUGUUUUGACUUCCAACAGGGUCAGAUAAACACAAUGCUCCUGUGCAAGGCCAAGAAAGCUCGAGCCCAGUUUGAUUACAGAGGAGCCCGCUCUGAUGCUUCUUUGGUGCCACCAAUUCGACAGACAGCAUCCAUUUUUAAGCAACCAGUAACUGUUUAUAAGACACAGGAAAGCAAAGUUAAGACAGAUUUAAAACAAGGAACACAAGAGAAACCAAAGCAGUUGUUUUGGGAAAAGCGAUUAGAGAACUUGACUGCGUGUGAUGCAAAUGGAGUUAUAGGAACUACUACACUGCCGAAAUAUAUUAAACCUUUAGGUCCAUUUACAUCUGAUGCUACUACCAUUCAGUCGCUUGCUACUGCCCUGCAUGUUUCUUCGCAGCCUAUUACAGGCCAAACUGGAUCCAAACAGACAAUAAUGGAGAACCCUGGUGUUUUUUUAAAUCCCGAGCAGCCACUAAUUGCAGCCGUGACAAUAACUAAGGAUGAUGUUAGAAGACAAGAGGAGCGAGUGAAACGCGCUCGACAGAGGCUACGAGAAGCAUUGAGUGUCGCAUAG